AAGUGGGAAUACUUUAGCUUUUCAAUAACAAUUUAUUUCCAGUCAGCUAGUUGUCAGGAUACGUACUCUGCUCCAUCAUCGUUAAUUUUCUCAUUACAGUUACACUACUUGCUGAAGCCAUUCUUGUCCACCGACCCGUGUCAUAUCUUCUUGUCAAAAUUCGUCUAUGCCUCUUCUCGUGUCCUUAUGGUAUUUAUCGUGCUUUCCGCUCAGUUUUCUCAAAUCGCUGUAUUAAUAGAAAGAUGUAUAGCAACUGUACUCGUUCAAGACUAUGAGUCAAAAUAUGAGAGGAUCGGCCCAUCUCUGAUUACAGCAGUGGUAAGAGAACAUGGAAACAUGUCACUAUCGUCACGGUACCAGUCGAUGGAGAAUAGGGUGUCAAGUGAGAUGCUGUUCUGGAUUCUACUCAUCCAAUUCACUACACUCUUCGUCAUUGACAUUAUAACGUUAUUUAUUCGUCUCUAUAAUGAUACUUUUCCUUUCUCGAUCGUUUACCAGGAGAGCAUUGACGUAGGUGCUAAGCAAAGCAGCGCGCUUAGAAGAGCGGGCCACAUACACCAAAAAAAAUUUCCACACCUAUUCUUAACCCUUUAA